GUGAGCAGUACAGUACAGGACGGAGAAAACCCGCACCGGGUUGCCAAUUGGACUAACGAGAUAAAAAAUAAAGAGGUCGAACAGAAGCCUACACGUACGGCUGGUCUAGUCAAUCACUGGAGUGAGAAAAAAGGCCGCGCCGAGAAAUGGCUCGCUCGGCAUCCACCCGGCGAGGAUCCCGGGAGUGACUCCGGCCUAGGCUAAUCAGAUGCCGGUGGUAGGAGCGGGCGAACACCGAUAUUUGCCCUUUAGAGAGGGAUCUUGGUCGGCAUUCGGGUAGAUCAUAUGAUGGGCUGGGAUUUUUCUUUCCUUUCUUUUUGUGCGCGUAGCAAUUGUGGCUACCUAGUUUUAGCUCCGCUGACGGACACGCAUCGAGCUGACAAGACAUUCCGAAUCGUACGUAACAUGCAGGGCCGAGGUCGGGACUGCACAGAACUCGGCGAAUGUGACGCUGUGGGUGGUAAUGACGACGAUCUGAUACGCGGAUCUGCCGGCUGCGGUUUUUCGCAACAGAUUGACAGGGCCAGGGGCCUUUUUGAGCGCAUCACGAUGAUUAACGUCCGGUUAAGUUCUCAGUUACUAAUUAGUUGUGUCGUGUACUCUGUACUGAACCGAAUUGUGUGGUCGAAACUUGGAGUAGCACGGCAUUCCAAUUCACGUGGGCGCCGGUUUCCGGGCGGGUUGGCGACAAUCCAAUGCACAGGAUUAUUCAAAGUGCCGAACCGGGAAAUAGGCGAGAACUGUAACGUGGGAAUAUUUUCUAGAGGCGUUUCUUGACUCGUCUGAGAUGAGGAAUGUGAUGACUCUGGCUGAGCCAACGGCCCAUCCAGACCAUGAUGGAAAUUCCAUCCCCCACAGCUGAAUCCGAUGUGG